AGCAUCGUCGUCCGAGCCAGAAGAGGUGGAAAGAUGGGCAAGGAAAAACAAUCCGAACAUGUUUUACAUGAAAAGAUGGAGCUGGCAAAAAGUGUGUGUAUCCCGGUAAGCCGCCAGUUGUGUAGGUAGAGGCCUAGUAGUGCUCAUCUCUCCCAGCGGUUAUGCGAAGGAGCAGAGGGUUGAUGAUGAAGCUUGGCGUGUUGCGUUCAUAACGUAUGGGGGCUCGGCGAGGCAGUUACUCGAUCGUACGCAAGAGCAGGUAGAUAUCGACUUCGACUCGGCUAUUAUGGGAUGCACUCCCAUCUCCCUCUUCCAGCAAGCGGUGACACAUGAAGCCAAGAAAUAUCACCACCAUCUGGUAGAAAUCAAUCCCUUCCAAGACGAGAAUGGUCACGCAGAUGAUUUCCCUCUUUAUUUUCAACAAGCUCAUGAAAAACAAAUGGUCGAAAGUUUGGCCCAGUACUUCUACGAUUAUAUAAGGGAGCCCUCUACACCCUCCACAACCGGUCUGAUGUUCGAAACUGUCGGGCAUGUCUACACCCUCGAAAAAACUAAAGCUGCCCUUCACGUACUAGGACUCGAAGACGGCAACAAAAAACUAUUCCAUUUGGAACACAUCGACAAUGAGAAGGUGGAGGCACUCUCCGGUUUUCCAGUGGAUAAGGUCCCUUGUCUGGAUGCCGCCAAGUACUACCGACCGGUUCCUGGGGACCUGCCUGGUAUCGACUCGUUCGCUUUCGAAAGGGAUGAGAACCACACCAUCACCGGUGUUGUCAUGUUUCAGUACAUGAUUUCUCCACGACACCCAGUCAAGGAACCUCACAUUAACAGGCUUUGGGAUGUGCUGCAGAAACAACACAAGGGGGCGUGGCAAUGGAAGAUCAUAUUUGUCAUCCCAAAGAAAUCGUUCAGUGAACGGAUGCCCGCGAAGGCCUUGACAACAGUGUUGUCGCAAUUUGUGCUGGAAAUUGAUGUGGUGGAUAUGUGGGAGACCUUGAAAGAUAACGUUGAUACGCACAAUUUAUGGGACUUUCCCUGUUGAUAUGGUGUUGGAACACUGACAUCUCCGAUGUAACACUCCGUAACACUCUAAGCAUUGUAAUGCCAAUAACUG